CUAAAACGUGCACCGACUUGUUCGGAAUCGUAAACAUAACAACAAGCGUACAUAACCUGUAAUUUGAAGUUUUUGGCGGUUUAGUGUAAAAAUGCAAUAAUAAUGUCUCUCGAAGAAAAAAUACGCACUUUAGGCCAAAAGCGCGACACUGACGGUCUUGAAGAAUAUGUAUCCAGUGUUUCCGUAAAUGAGCUACUAAAUCUAGUUGAGGCAAGAGUAACAACUGCUAAUUUUACUUACACAUGGAAUUACAUUCUACAAGGGUUCACAGACGAUUCUAAUUCUCAUAAAAAGCGUUUCGAAGUAGUGAUGAAACUUGUUAAGGAACUAGAACAAACAGAUUUUUCAGGCUCUCAUUGUAACGCCCUCAUUCGUCGCACCUGUAUGGAAUUGUCAAAAUUUAAAACCGAGCAUUUGUUGAAAUUGUGUGAUUUUUGCACUGAGUGUUUGCAGUCUCAAAGAGUGUCGCAAAUGAGUUGGAAGGAAUUACUGCCCGAGUUAUUGAAUAUAAUUAGUGAAAAGGAACAUGUAAAUUUUAAUGAUGAAGAAAUGAGUGGAAGUGAAUAUAAACAUCAAGCCAUUAAUUCUAUUUGUACACUGCAGUGGUUUCCAAAUCAUGUUACAGCUUUGGCGGAAAUGUUCAUUGAUAUGUCACUAACAAAAGAAGAGCAUCAGCAAGUUGUUAACAAAUUAGGGAGGUAUUUAGAAAAAUUGACCCCACAAGAAAUUCCCCCGUUUGUGUACCAGUUGUUAAAAUUGUGUAAGCAAAAUAACAGUAGAAUAGUAUUUAUGAAAUUGCAGCAAUACUUUGGAUUAAGAUAUGAUAGUGUUUGUAAUCAGCUCAAUAGCAAUUCUGACAGUACUGAUAUAGAUGCAAUUGAAAAUACAUCUGGUCAAGAUACAGUGGAAGCAGAAGGUACAGUCCUCUUCCACAUUCACACAUCAGCAUCUCUAGGCCAAGAAUGCAUAAAAGAUUAUCUAUCAUUCUUAAAAAACAUGUUAAGAUCCCCUGAAUUUAUCAUACAUCCCUUUCAACUCGGCGUUUUGUUAACAAUUUCUACCGUUUCACAUUAUGAAGAGAAAGUGUUUGAAAUGAUUAGAUCUUGCAUCUCCAGAACUUACCAUGAAGAACAGAAGAAAAAUGCGUCUGCUUGGUUUAGAGACAUGGUGCCAAACAGCUGUAAAAUUGAGAAUGUUUUCAAUCAAGUUAUUAACGCCAGUGCGGAAGACCGAGAUUUAAUUCUUCAAGCGCUUGUUAAUUUUGCUUUUGUGCUGUUGGGUGUGGGGUCAGCACUUGGUAGAGAUCCUAUUGCUGAAAAACAGUGGCAACUAGGAAACAUGAUUUUGUUUAAAAUUAUUAAAAGAAAAAGACAUACAGCUUCUGUGAUAGUGGAACAGCUUAGUAAUAGAAUAGUUACCGAAAAUACAGUUACUCAGUAUAUUGAGUGUUUGUAUAUGUUAAGCAAAAACUUGACCCUUCUAAUGCUGGAAAAUAAGAGUUUGAUCAUAUCGUUGAUGGAAGGGCUGCUACAGAUGCCAGGAAACAAUGCAAAACAACUAUUAGAUGCCAUUAUUCCUCUUACUAAAGUUUCACCUACAAUACGAGAUCAUUUUAUUCUUCUUUUGAGAAAAGCGUUAUAUUCAAGAUCCACUGAAACCCGUCAGGUCGCAGUGAUUGGAUUUUUAAAAUUACUGACCAAUUUAAAAAUAUCUGACUUAGCUGCGCUAAGUCAAACCAGUUCAACCGGAUCUUAUUCUUCUGGACAUUCUCUGUUUACUCAGAUUUCAAUGAGCAGAGCUUCUCAGAGUACACCUAGUACUUUUAGUAACGAAGCUCUGUGCUUGGAAGUUUUGAGUAUAUUAAAACGGUGCUUUAUGCAGCAGGCGGAAGUCAGAGUUCAACUUUACGCUGGCUUCUACAGCGCUGUUUGCUUAAAUCCAGAACUAGGAAUUCCUGUAUUGGAAAUGAUUUGGAUGCACUUUCGCGACUUUUAUGUUAUUGAUGAAGAAACUCUGCCUCCUUUGAAGUUUGAUAAAAUCACAGUUACUAGAGACGUCACAGUUCUUUUACAGGAACCUCUGGGAAAAUUAAUUUAUACAGUUGGACUUAUUGUAACAAACGUUGCCAAAACCGAUCAUGAAAACGCCAUUGUAGAAAGGUUUACGGACAUUUUGGAGUCACUUUGUUCUAGAAUGAACAAGUGUGAACUAGUACACUUUGAACUGGAUGAUGGUACUGAUUUAACAGACAUUAUGCCUGAAGCACAACAAAAACUUUUGAUUUUAAAAGAAGCUAUGAGUGUAUAUGAAGCUCUAAUCGGGUAUAAGGUGUAUUCAUGGGAACUCGAGUCAGAUAAUAACGGCAAACAAAUUAACGGUUUAUUCCAAGGUUAUUCUAGAUUAUUACAUUUCUUUAAAAACUUAGGCAAACCGAAAAAAGCAGACAAAAGGAAAAAAGACGCUAAUAAAACAACACAACAAACUGCAAAUAACACCACAAUACGAAAAGAUGGCCAAAAGUCGUCUAAAAGUUUAAAGGUACCACAGACUGUCCUAGACUUUCAAGUGAUGACUAAAAUCAUGAACUUACUUCAUGAACCUAUGGUUUCUUGGACCACAAUUGCUCAAUCAAAUGUCCUUAAAACAAAACGAGAAAUCCACCAACACAUGAUGCAAGCAACGAUCAAUAUAGUUACUGCAGUUAAAAACAAAAAAAUCAUUGAAGUGCAAACAGCAAAGAUGACUUAUGGUCAUAUUUGCGAUAUUGCAGUGAUAUUAUAUGAACGAAUAAUUAAACGAUUGGUUGAAUUUAUAGAUUUUGAUUGUACUACAGCAGUAUUGGCAGUUGAGUGUUUUUUGUUGAUUUUGAAUAUCGUGAAUAACAAUUUUAAAAGCAAUUUUCAAGCCUUCUUAAGCAAAGUUGGGGGCAAAGACGCAAGUGAAAAUCUUGUGUCUCAUUUAACUGAGUUUGUAAAAACGUACGAGAAACUUCUUGACAUGGAUGAAGAAGAAGUUUCUGAAGAUCCCGAAAUUAAAAAAAUGUCGUUAAUUGUAAUAAACACACUUAGCUUUUUAGCUCAUCAGAUUCCUACCAAUAACAAUGCUCUAGCUAUACAGACGACGGAAUGGUUAAAUAAUUUCGCUGUCAAUAAUAACGUUAAUAGUAGACAGAGCGCUCAAGGAUUUAUUAAUUUAUUACUUGACAGUCAUAUAAAAUUUAAAGUGAGUUUAACUCUCUUUGAACACAUAUCCAUCAGAGUCGGUGAUGUAACGGGCGUUAUUGAUGAUGAAGAACAUACUGUGGAAGAAUUUAAAGUGAUUAACGAAUUAACUGUCAACAAUGUUUUUUUAUCACUGUGUAACGUAAUCAAAUCGGUACUGGAAGAUACAGAGUGGAUUAUAGCACGUUUAAAAGCUGAAUACAGUAUGAUUAAUUAUUUGGGUGAAGAAAGCCUAGAAAGAAGGAAAGAAAAUUUAAAAAAUCGUGAACGAGGUGUUUGCUGUCAGUUGUGCUUUAUUGUAACCAUUUUGACAAACCUUAGUAACUGUACAGUUCCCACUGGUAGUUUAUCUGAAGCUACUUUAAAAAACUUAUCAUUGUUGUACUGCACAUUGAGUGCUUUAGCCAAAUAUUUUAUCUUGCGAUCGUCAAAAAUCAAUCCAGUUUUCCAGGCAGCAAGGUUUGAAAGACUGGUGAAAUUAGCUGGAAAACAACUGGCACCUGUCGUGUACAAGCUAAUAACGUAUAUUGAAGAAAGUCAGAAACGAAGUACAGACCCAUCACAAAAGAAUAAAAAGAAGAAUAUUGACACUUCAACGCUUAAGAGUCGAGUGUUGAAGGAAACCCGUCUGAUUCCGAAAGUUAUUUAUGAACUGGAGCAGUUCAGUAAAUUUGUAAUGCAGUUAUCAAAGAAAACUAAAGUUGACUUAUCAAAGUUUGUUGGGCAAGGGACUGUUCGAGAUUUUAGAAUUAUGCAUUUGAAGGAAGUUUUGGAAAAAGUUGAUGGUGCACCUACACAACCUACUCAAGAAAGUGAUACUAGUCUAGUUGAAAACGAAGAGGAUGAGGAGAUACAAGAUUGUUCACCGCCACCGGCUAAAAGGAGGAACGUUGAAAUUGAUGAAUAAAUAGUUGUGAUACAUAUUUACAGUUUUACAUCACUUGUUAAGCUUUUUUGAUUUUUGAUAAUGUUUUGAUAUAAAAAAUUUGUACAUUUUCAUUGUUGGUGUAUUUUUUGAAAAAGGAGUUUAGAAGAUACUAUCAAG